AUGACAAUAUCGGCAUACCUCGAAUCAACUUUUCCUGAUCUUCCAAUUGAAGUCAAAGAUUACGUUGAAGCAGUUUUAAGGGAAAACGCCGAUGACUUACUGUCGAAAGACGAUGUUAUUGAGGCUGUUGGUGUGCACAUACAAAGUUCUGUGGAGGGACUUAGCGAUGAGGCUAUUGAACUUGUAUGUGAAAAGCUUGCUUUAUUGCUUCAUAAUGGAAAAAAUGUUACUCACCGAUCAAAUGAAAUCGGCCGGCGGCGUCUUGAACAAACUGUUGAUAUAAGUGCCCAACAUUUCGAUUCAGACGAUGUUACAAGCAUAUGGAAAGUUAGUACGCGAGACACACCUUCACAAGUGGAUAGGAAGAAACUUGAAAAGGCUGAAACACGUGCCUUAGAAAAGGCUACAAAACGUGAAAUUGGUGAUGGUUCGAACACGCAGAAAAGGAGACCAACAGAUCUCGUGGCUACAGCUUCACAGUCAACAAGUCGUCGUGAUGGUUCUGGAGGUGGAAGUAUAAUGGAUGUGCAUCUUAACAGUGUUGAUAUAUCAAUAGGACCCAAGCAGUUAUUGUGUGGUGCUGAUGUUGUUUUAACUUAUGGUCGACGUUAUGGCCUGGUUGGUCGAAAUGGAGCUGGGAAGUCUACUUUUCUGAAAAUGAUUUCCUCGAAACAGCUAAAGAUUCCUUCCAAUAUAAGUAUGUUAAGUGUUGAACAGGAGGUAGAAGGCGAUGAUACAGAAGUAAUACAAUCUGUGUUGCAAAGCGAUACUCGAAGGAUGGCAUUGUUACUUCGCGAAGAAAAUUUGCAGCGACUUCUCAAAGAAUAA